CAUGCAUUGACACUGAUUAUCUUGAUCGCCUGUCAUAUCUUGAUAAAACCCUCGAUUUGAACCUGUAUUGCGACCACAUAGAUUUCUUGAUAGCUGUUCGUUUUGAUGGUGCUUUUAAUGAAUAUAAAAAUUGGUGAAGGAUGCUUUAAGUAUGGUAAUUUUUAUAGGAAGCAAAAGGUGUGCUAGGAAAAGAUGGUAAAAAUAGAAUCACUGACUAUUUUAUACAGUCGGUAUGUCUCGAGAACAAAAGGUCGACCAGAGUGUCCAAACUGUCAUACGAGUGUCUCCGCAUGUCUUGGAUACUGUCACUGACUACGCUACGGUUACCUCAGAUAAGAAAAUGCAAACCCUGAUAGCAACCAGGCCCCAAGAUCUAAACACCCAAUUCUAUUCCAUGCUGUGUUACACCCCCUUCCAGGAUAUAAGGGAAGACGCUCUCAGAGUACUGGAGCUGCCCAGGAAGCCUAGGCUGCAGAUCAAAUCUGCUGCUAUUGGUCAAGAUAUUUUGAGAGCAGCGGUUGAUUUUUCAUUGGUGGAUGACGACGGUGUGGGGUACAUCUGCAGCGAAGUAAUGCACCGAAGAGCCCUGCAGUCCAAGCCAGCCUUCGUAGAUGCAAGCGUGCAGACCGAUCUCCACAUCCAGCCUCACAUACUGAACGAAAGCGUCGCCAAAGUGUUCAUGGACAGCGGCAUCAUAACCAAUCCAAUACCUACCCCGUGUAAUAGUCGGAAAGGUUCCAACAAAAAAUAGUGAUCAGCUGACUGUAUACGCUCUAGUGACAUUCGAUGUGUACGAUGUGUUCGAAGCUUAUACAUAUUAGUUAUUAGUAGAUAAGUAUUUAUAUCAAUAAAGUACUGAUGGUUCCGUCCAACAGAACA